AUGAAGGAAGACAAUAACAUUGGCUAUGCUUUCCAUCAAUAUUCACAUUCCGCAGGCGAAUCUCAAGGUGGUCAUGCUGUCAAAAUUAUUGGAUGGGGAGUAGAGAAUGGUGUCAAGUAUUGGCUCAUUUCGAAUUCGUGGAACACUGACUGGGGAGAAAACGGAUUGUUCCGUAUCCUGCGAGGAAGCAACGAGUGCGACAUCGAAAAAUUCGUGGUUGCUGGUCUUCCAAAACUUUGA